AUGAUCAAAUUAGAUGAUGCAGACAAAGGCGAGAUCGAAUAUAUGAGACCAAUCGUAGGAGCCCAUGUUACGUAUAAUGAUUCAAUAGGGUUAGUAAUAAAAGACCAUGAAACUGAGCUAGAAAGAAUUGCUACAAUUCUGACAGCCAUAGAUCUAUCAAGCAACCAGUUUGAAGGUGUGAUUCCGAUAACAGUAAAGGAUCUUGGCUCACUUUGGCUAAUCAAUUUGUCCCAUAACAAUCUCAAAGGUGAUAUUCCAAUGGAACUCGGGCAAUUGAAUACGCUUGAAGUGCUAGAUCUCUCUUGGAAUCAUCUUACUGGAAAGAUACCACAAGAAUUGACAGGAAUAAAAUUUCUGGCGAAGUUAAACCUCUCUCAAAAUCUUCUCGUUGGACACAUUCCUUGUGGUCCACAAUUCAACACAUUUGAAAAUGACUCGUAUGGGGGCAACCUUGAUUUAUGUGGUCCUCCUUUAUCAAAGAAAUGUGGAACAAGUGAUCCAUCGGAUGUUCCUCAACAAUUGGAUUCCGAAGACGAAGAAGAAUACGAGUCAUAUUUCGCAAGUGGAUUUACCCUGGGAAUCAAGGCUGCUAUAUUGAAGUCAAAGAAGUUUUAUGGACCUAUAAGUGCUUCCCAGACUAACUUUUGCUUUCCCAAGUUGCGUAUUUUUGAUCUUUCUCAUAACGAAUUCAGUAGCUCACUGUCUGCAAAAGUUUUUGGAAACUUCAGAGCAAUGACCAGAUUACGUGGCGCAAACAAAGGGAAAUUGAAUAUGCUUGAAGUUCUAGAUCUCUCUUGGAAUUGGCUCACUGGAAAGGUACAGCAAGAACUGGCCGUCUUAAACCUCUCCCAAAAUCUUCUUGUUGGAAACAUUCCUCGAGGUCCACGAUUCAACACAUUUGAAAAUGACUCGUAUGGUGGCAACCUUGAUUAA